AUCACAUACUUCGCCGUAACGCCGUAACGUCGUGGUCUCGUCGUUUGUGUCCGCGUUCUCGUGGCCUGCCCAAGUGCUUUCCCAAGUGCAAUCGUACAAAUAGCCCCCAACAUUGUACAAUUGUAAGGAAAUUCUAAAUUUUCUGAUCAGUGCCUGUUAAAAAGUAAAGAAAAUACAAAAUAAAAGUGUCAAAUCUCACUCCAGUUGAGGGAAAUGAAUGCAAAGUGAAGAAGAAUACAUCGUAAAACGUGAAAAAGAAAAGAGAAGAGAAGAAAAAGAGAUUUUUAUUGUGGAUGGAUUGUGCGUGUCAUUUAAUUGAUUUCAAGGAUUGCCAAAUGGCAAAAGUAAAUUGAAACUGUCGUCGCCGGCGUUGUCUGAGGAUUAAAAGUGCAGAUUAUAACACCCGAAACCCGACUCCCGCCACCCGAGACCCGAAGCCCGAUAAGAGUUCCUUCCAUUCAGUUGCUGGGCUCCUCUUGGGUCCACCUCCUCCUCUCGUCACUCAUCGCUUUUGCGGCCGGAGCGGCACGUCUGUCUGACGGCGCAGAGGUGGCUUAAAUUUAAUUGAAAUACGCUGACCAAAAAAUUAACAACCAACAACAAAUUGAACAAACCGAACACUGAGUCAACAGUUUGUCAAUCACUUGCAUCAAUCCCGACCUUCGCACACUCUGAAAUGUUUUGUGCACCAAAGAAAGUACUCCAAUAAGAAGCAACAAAAACAAAAGCAAAGCAAAAACAGGCAACAAAUCUGUUUCGCAUUUAUCGUUUGUGUUUGUCCCCGGUAUUAUCAGCCGGAAAGUGCAACAACACACAACAGCUAUCACAAGCCCAAGCGAUAGCCACAAAAUGGUGGUUCUAGAGACUGCCAGCGCCCUGCUGGGCGGCCCAUAUGCCCAGGGCGCGCCCGCCUUGAAAAUGGUACAAAAACGCUACAUUGGAUUACAUCAGUGGCUGGGACCAAUCCGGAGCAAAGAGCUAAAGGAGCAUAUUGUAAGUGACGAUGUGCUUUCGCUGGCAUUUAAUCAAAAUCAACAAUUGUUCCGGUCGCAGAAUCCAGGCCUUGCGGCAGUUGCCUCCAAUGCAGCCGCCGCCGCAGCCGCGGCCGCAGCCGCCACAUCCGCCGCCAGUGCAGUCGGUGCCCCGCCCGGCGCCCCCAACGGGACGCUGCAGCAGUCGCAGCAGCAGCAGCAGCAGCAGAUGCAGAUGGCCGCGGCCUCCCAACAGUUUCUGGCCGCCCAGCAGGCGCAACAGAACGCGGCCUAUGCCGCGCAACAGGCGGCCCCGUACGUCAUCAAUCCGGGCCAGGAGGCCGCCCCCUACAUGGGCAUGAUAGCCGCCGCCCAGAUGCCGCAGUACUACGGCGUGGCGCCGUGGGGCAUGUACCCCGGGAAUCUGAUACCACAGCAGGGCACCCAGCCGCGCCGCCCCCUGACGCCCUCGCAGCAGGGAGCCGAUAACCAGCCGUAUCAGGUCAUACCGGCCUUCCUCGAUCACACCGGCUCGCUUUUGAUGGGAGGACCCCGCACCGGCACGCCCAUGCGACUGGUUAGCCCCGCCCCCGUGCUGGUGCCGCCGGGCGCCGCCCGAGCCGGACCCCCGCCGCCGCAGGGCCCACAACUGUACCAGCCGCAGCCGCAGACAGCCCAACAGAAUCUCUACUCGCAGCAGAAUGGUUCCAGUGUCGGAGGCCUCGCCUUGAACACAAACUCGUUGACGGGUCGACGGGACUCCUUCGAUCGCUCCACAUCCGCCUUUAGUCCCUCGGCCAUGGACUACACCAGCAGCGGAGUGGCGGCCGCCAACGCGGUCAACAGCACGGUGGCCCAGGCAGCGGCCGUGGCGGCUGCCGCCGCCGCUGCCCGCGCCAAGUGGCCGGGAGCGAUGUCGGGCGCCGGGGCCUACGGGGCCUUGGGAGCAGCAGCCGCUGCUGCGGCGGCCAACGCCUCGGCCAGUCCGAUCGGGGCCCCGCUGACGCCGCCCCCGUCGGCCCAGUCCUGUCUGCUGGGCAACCGGGCUCCGGGCGCCGAGUCGCGGCAACGACAGAUGGCCGUGGGCCUGCCGGCCACCGCUGCGGCUGCCCAGGCGGCCGUCAACAACAUGUUCGGCUCAAACAGCUCGCUGUUCUCGAGCCAUUUGGCCAUUCCGGGAACUGCGGCGGCGGCAGCUGCGGCAGCGGCAGCCAACUCGCGCCAGGUGGUCGCCGCUGCUGCGGUGGCGGCGGCUGCGGCCGGAGCCGCUGGAGCUGCUGGGGGGGCCCCGCAGCCAGGUAGGUCCCGGCUCCUGGAGGACUUCCGGAACCAGCGCUACCCGAAUCUGCAGCUGCGCGACCUGUUGAACCACAUUGUCGAGUUCUCGCAGGACCAGCACGGAUCGCGGUUCAUCCAGCAGAAGCUGGAGCGGGCCACGGCCGCCGAGAAACAGAUGGUGUUCAGCGAGAUUCUUGGCGCCGCCUACAGCCUGAUGACGGACGUGUUCGGCAACUAUGUCAUCCAGAAGUUCUUCGAGUUCGGCACGCCCGAGCAGAAGAACACCCUGGGCAUGCAGGUCAAGGGCCACGUGCUGCAGCUGGCAUUGCAGAUGUACGGCUGCCGCGUGAUCCAGAAGGCCCUGGAAAGCAUCUCGCCCGAGCAGCAGCAGGAGAUCGUGCACGAGCUGGACGGCCACGUGCUGAAGUGCGUGAAGGACCAAAACGGCAACCACGUGGUGCAGAAAUGCAUCGAGUGCGUCGACCCCGUGGCCCUGCAGUUCAUCAUCAACGCUUUCAAGGGGCAGGUCUACUCGCUGAGCACACAUCCCUACGGCUGUCGCGUCAUCCAGCGCAUCCUCGAGCACUGCACAGCCGAGCAGACCACGCCCAUUCUGGACGAGCUGCACGAGAACACCGAGCAGUUGAUCCAGGACCAGUACGGCAACUACGUCAUACAGCACGUGCUAGAGCACGGCAAGCAGGAGGACAAGUCCAUACUCAUCAACAGCGUGCGCGGCAAGGUUCUGGUGCUCUCGCAGCACAAAUUCGCCUCGAACGUCGUAGAGAAGUGCGUCACCCACGCCACACGCGGCGAGCGCACGGGCCUCAUCGACGAGGUGUGCACCUUCAAUGACAACGCCUUGCACGUGAUGAUGAAGGACCAGUAUGCCAACUACGUGGUCCAGAAGAUGAUCGAUGUGUCCGAGCCGACGCAGCUGAAGAAGCUGAUGACCAAGAUACGGCCCCACAUGACGGCCUUGCGCAAGUACACCUACGGGAAGCACAUCAACGCCAAGCUGGAGAAAUACUACAUGAAAAUAACGCCCAUAUCCGUUGCGGGGGCAGUCAGCGGUGCCGGAAGCGCAGCUGCGACCACAUCCACAUGCUCGAUUGCAGCGAGCAGUGCUUCCCUAGCGACCGCAUCCUCAGCCGUCUCGCUGGACAACAGCAACAGCAGCAGCACCAACUCUUGUUCGACCACCACCAGCAUCGCCUCGCCAACGAUUUGCUCCGUGCAGGAGAAUGGCAGCGCCAUGAUUGUCGAACCAACAUCGCCAGCUGUGUCCGAGUCGUCAUCGCCGGUGGUGGCUGCCGUCAACAGUGGCCUUGGUCCCAUUGGACCACCCACAGCCGCCAACGGCGUCCUAUAAAGACAAGUAGAGAAGAAAUCAUACGGUCGAUGUAGUCAACAGAAACAACAUCCUCCUUCUCGAAUCGAGGUUUAGUUUUUAGUCUGGCAUCUGCCAGAGCGUGGAGAGCGAGAGGAGAGCAAAGGAGAGCAAAGGAGACGAGCCAAAAGCUAAAGCAUACUAUAAAUAAAUACAUAUAAAUGUAAUCUAAUUUAUUGAACAAGCAGCCGAAUCGUGCUGCAAUCAGAAGAGAGAGAGCCCCAUCUCCAGGCCCCGCCUGGGCCGUCGGAGAAUUGUAAAGAGAGCACUAGCUCACUCACACGCACGCACGCAUGCACGCUUCUCAAAUACGAGUGAAAGCAAACACCCGAGCGGAACACCCAAUAUUGAAUGCCAUGCCUCCAUGGCGUGCAUUCUCGUGGCAGCCGCAACGAUCACUGUGCGCACUGUCACUACUGUCAAGCACUGUGCUCGUGCACUCGAAAGAAGAAAACAAAAAAAAAAAGAAAACUCAAAACUAAUUUGUAUUUUUACGAACAAAAAAUAGCACUUAGAUGAACGGAAGAUUUCAAACGAAAUAUUUGUACAAUGCGAUCGCAUGUUUAAGUUAAAAACAAAGAAAGAAGAAAGAAAAACAAAGAAAUUAUUAUGAAUGUAAUUGUCAAAGAAACAAAUUGUCUGCGUACACUUUCGUUGUAACUUUGUAAAUUAAUGAUUAUAUAGCAAGCCUAUCUGUAAAUGAUUAAUGUUUCGACUGUAAAUUGAUAAGAGGACAAACCGAAGAGCCGGAAAUUGGAGGAGAUUGCGAUAUAGAGCGUAGAGAGUAGAGAGUAUAGAGUAAAGAGUAACGAGUAACGAGUAAAGAGUAAAGAGUAUAGAGAGCGGCAGCACGAAUAUGCGUAGAAUUUAUAAGUUCGGACAGAGGAACCAUUUCAAAUAUGCAUACGUUUAUAUAACGAAUAGCAAACAUAAACCACACAUAGUGUAGAACGUAGAGUAAAUAUAUGUUAAUGGAGCCAGCAGCUACCAAAACAAUAUGAAACCGGAAACACACACACACACACACACACACACGCAACACACACGAUCACCGAAACACUCAAACACUCUCACAAUUAACGACUCUUCGACUCAUUCGCGCUGCUUUUGCACUGUGUAAAAUUUUGUACAAAAAACCCCAAACUACAAACCAUGUAUCAAUGAAACCAUGUAAUUUUUCAAUUUGUUCACAUGUAAAAUUUAACGGUUAUGUAAAAUUCUCAUUAAUUUUAAUUGAACUAUUUUUUGUAAAUUAUGUACUUGCUGUGUAUAGAGGGAAACGAAACGAAACGAAGCAAAACAAAACAAAACAAAACGAAACCGAUUACCAUAACGAUAGCGAACCAAGAAGACUCACACGCACAGCACAUCAUACAUACACACCUGUACACACCAACAUUCACACGUACACAACACCCAUACACGCAUGCAUCGGAAGCAAGUUAAUAUUAUUAUUAUUAUUAUCCAUUUUGUAUACAUAUGUAUGUAAUUUGUAAAUUUGUUUGAUUU